AUGGAACAAUCAGAGAAUAAGUCGCGCCAGAGCCAUUUCGAUCGCCUUGAUACCACAGCCAAAGAGAUUACAAUAGCCCUCACUCGCAAUCAGUGCCGUCAUGGCUUUAUCGGUGGAUACGCAGCAUCUCUUGUUGGUGGUGCAAGGACAACUGAGGAUGUUGAUCUCAUCGUUGAUGAAGACCCGGCGAACGUCCGGCAGAUGCUGCUUCGGGUCCCUGGGUUUCAAUUGACCCGUGCCAAUAACCUGGCUUUCAUGAACGGUGACGAUGCGGUCAAAGUUGAGAUUCUUCGAGGUGGCAAAACUCGACCGAUGAAACUACCUGACGCGAAUUCGGUUCCCCUAUACUAUAUUUCUGCCAAAACCUUACUAGGUUGCGAUGGUGAUACUACAACUGGUGGUGAUUUUGAGGACAUGACGACUGUCUUGCAGUGGCUUGCUAAGAACAAUCUUCGUAUUGAUUUUACAGCCUACCCAGAAAAGCCGAAGGAGGAGUUGCUGCCAUGUUUUCGAAAGUUGUAUGAACUCCAUGCCAUUACUCGCUCUCUUCUCGAGGUGACGAUGGACGCGCGGGAUUUUGCGCUUAUUUGCAACUAG